ACGCAUCCACACGUAAACUAAAUCAACUGCAGCGCAUGGUGAGCAUUGCAGGCUGGACAAAGGAAGCCGCGGCCGAGGAUGCCGGCGCCUGGUCCCUCGCCGAAAUCCUAGCCGCCAUCUGCCUGGUCUGGUAUACGGCCGUCGUCCUCGUCUCCGUCGUCGGCUACACCCAGCUACGACGAUGGUACUCCUCCGCCGCGCCGCCCGCCGUCUCCGUCUCCUCACUCCCUGACGCCGCGAUCCCACAUGUCACCGUCAUUCGUCCCGUCAAGGGCCUCGAGCCCAGCUUGUACGACUGCCUCGCCGCGACCUUCCGCCAAACCUACCCCCGCCACAAACUCACCGUCUACUUCUGCGUCGCUUCGCGCGUCGACCCCGCCGUGCCGACCCUCGAGCGCCUGGUCAGCGAGUUCCCAGACUUCGAUGCCGAAAUCCUCGUCGAGGCAGAGGACCCGCGCCUCCAGGGCGCGGACGCGGACCGCAUGGGCCCGAAUCCCAAGAUCAGGAACAUGAGCCGCGCGUACCGCGAGGCGCGGGGCGAUAUCGUCUGGAUCCUGGACUGCAAUGUGUGGAUUGGGCCGGGCGUCGCGGGCCGCAUGGUCGACACGCUGUGCGGGUUCGGCGGCAAGCGGCCCAACAAGUUCGUGCACCUGCUGCCGCUGGUAGUGGACACGGAGACGGCGCCGGCACACGGGGAGGAGGCGAGCCUGCUGGGCGUCGAGGCAACGCACGUCGCGUCCACCAGCACGGCCAGCUACUCGACGGUGCGCAGCGGCAGCGCGGCGGCCACGGCCACGGGCAACGGCCGCCCCGCCCGCGCGUGGCAUCUCGGCGGCGGCCGCCUCGAGGAGCUCUUCAUGUCCUCGGCCCACGCAAAGUUCUACACGGCCAUCAACACGGUCCUGAUCGCGCCGUGCAUCGUCGGGAAGUCGAACAUGUUCCGGCGCUCGCACCUGGACGCGCUCACGCACGGCCAGGGCAUCGACUUCUUCUCGCAGAACAUCUGCGAGGACCACCUCGUCGGGGACCGGCUGUGGAAGCAGCCCAUCCCGGGCGAGCACGCCCGCGGCGAGAAAUGGGGCAAGCACGCCAUGGUGUUUGGCGACCUGGCGAUCCAGCCCAUGGCCGGCAUGAGCGUGGCCGAGUACGUAGCGCGGCGGGUGCGCUGGCUCCGGGUGCGCAAGUUCACCGUCACGCUCGCGACGCUCGUCGAGCCCGGCACCGAGAGCUUCCUCUGCUCGCUGUACGGCGCGUACGCGGCGACGACGCUGCCCGCCUUCCACGCCGCCCUCGGCAUCCCUCCGACUUGGUCCGCGUUCGCGGCCUUCUGGCUCGUCAACGUCGCCCUUUGGUGCCUCAUCGACUGGACGCUGUACCGCAAGCUGCACUCGGGCGCGUCGAUCGAGCUGGACGCCCACACGCCGGGCUUCGCGCUGCCGCCGCGCAGGGGCUGCACGCGCCGCCCGUUUGCGGAGUGGUUGUGCGCGUGGCUGGGGCGCGAAGCCCUCGCUUGGCCCGUCUGGGCCUGGGCCGUUUAUGGGGGCGUGACGGUACGCUGGCGCGGCAAGAGGUUCUGGGUUGGUAUGGAUAUGAAGGUGCAUGAGAUUGGUGGGGAGGGGGAGGGGAAGAGGCGGGAUUAGCUGUGGGGUGGUGCGUGUAGGAUGGGCUUUGUGAUGGGCUUUGUUAGGGUGAUUUGGCUUGAUGUGGAUGGGUGGGUGGGUGGUUGCUAUGAUGGCUUCGAGAAGCAUUUAGUAGAGCGAAGCAUGGGAUGAUGAGAAUUAAUGCUACCUAU